AUGUCCGAUGGUCCGAAUUUUGUAGAGCUUUUAGAGAUUGCAUUUUCACCAGAACAACCUAAUCAAGAAGCUCUUGAUUACUUAACUAAUUUUCGACGAGAAAACCCAAUAGAUUUUUUGUUUGAAUGCAUAAGUGCGCUUCCAUCAGUAAAAGACAGCAGGAUUAUGAAGCAACUACUUAUACAAAUCAGUUCAAUACUUAAUGGCGGAAAAUAUACGCUAAUUGAAACAAAACCCCAAUUCUUGAACGAACUUGAACAGAAACACAAUUGCAUAGUCGCAUUCAAAGAGUUAUUACUACAAUGUAUAUGUACAGAAGGAAUAUCUGAUGAUAAAUCAUUAUAUUUGAUAAUAUCACAAUUAAUUCUCAUCGAAUUGAAACAAAAAUCCAAUUAUUUAUAUUCAAAUCUCGUAGCAAUACUAAAUAACUGCCAACCUCAAACACGUCUUGGAAUUUUGGAAAUUUUCGUCAAUACUUUCAAAUCUUUAACAUUUACAUUGCUACUACUCAGAGAUCUUAAUCUUCAUCAACCAAUAAGUCAGAUAAUUGGUGAAUCUAUAGAUGAUGAAGAAAACGUGGUUUUAAUUUUCAAAUUAAUCGAAGCUGUUUGUUAUUCAAAUUAUGGUAAAUUAGUAUAUGACAAUGAUGAAUUCAUAGCGAAUAGUGUUGAAUGGUUUAGAAGAAUAACACCAGAAGUAGAAAUACCUGAAAUAAUCAAAUCAUUUUUUGGCGCUUUUACAAACUUUUUCAAAGCUGAAUACAAGAAAAUCUUUAGCGAUGAAACAAACCAAGAAGUAUUUAUGUCAUUAGUUUUGGAUUUCCUUAAGUCAUCGAAUGCUUAUGGUGUUAAAUAUUCUCUCAGAUUCAUUCGAAAAAUUGCUCGUUUUGAGAAUUCUUUACCAGAAAAAGAUAGUAAUCAUUUUAUCUCCCAAUAUUCCCAAUUUUUAUUAGAACCAAUAACAGCACAACUUAAUGGAUUAAGUGAUGAUGAUAACUCUAUAGAGUUCCAAUCAGCAGAUGAUGAAUCAAUUGCUACAGAAGCAUAUUCAACAUUAUUAAAUUUGACAGAAAUUUCUCCUGAAAUUUGUUUAAGUUGUGCUGAAGAUUUCUUUAAUUGUCUUGACAACAAGACCUGGAAUACACAAGCUGCAGGAUUGCUGGGAUUAGCUGCUUUAGUUCAUUAUACAAGUUCUGAAAGUGCAAUUAUAAUUCAGGAACUUUUAAAGCUAAAUAAUGAUGAAUUAAAUAUAAUUUUGAUUUUUAUGGAGAAUGAUAAUCUCAGAUUAAGGUCAAUUGUUAUGACUCUCAUGCAGAAUGCACUUGAUUAUAAUACAGAUACUGCGUUUAGAGAUCGUGAUUAUUUGAAAGUUGUUUCAAAAAUGAUUAUUCAAGGAUUAAAGGCUGAUUCAAAUGAUUUGAGAUUAAGUUGUUUGUCACUUUUGGAAUCAUUUUCAAAAAUUUUUGAUGCAUCUUUGUAUCAAACAGCGAAUGCUUUAAAUGAAUUAUUAAAACCUAUAACUGAAAUUGUCAUCACAAUGCUUAAUAAUUACAAAGAUAACGUUAUUUUAAUUAAUGAUUUGUUCAAAGCGUAUGAAAGCUUUAUUAUCAGAAUUUCUUAUUCUGAAGAACCGCAUUUGCCGCCAAUUCUUAAUACUUUUCGUGGUAUUUUGAAUGCUUUUCUACAAAAUCCUGAAUACGACUACAUUAUUUGUGGAUUAAUUCGUAUUAUUACAUGCAUUACAUUCAAAUGUUCAAAUUUGGAUCCAAACAUUAAACAUGAAAUUUGGAAUGAUAUAUAUCAGAUCUUCAGUCCAGAAGAUGGUCAAUUGGAUUCAACGGAUUGUAAUGUUCUCACGUCUUUAAACAUCUUCGUGCAGUUUAUGCCGGAAAUCGCAGUACCUGCUCUUGGUAAUUUUCCAAUUGAACUUUUAGCAUUUAUCCCAGAUAAUUGCACAGAUUUAAACCUUUCAAGCGUAUUCCAUUUCAUUUACAGUGUCUAUAUAAUAUUCCCGACUAUGUAUCAAGAUCAAUUUUACAAUGUCAUGGAAAGACUUUUGACACUGGUAAAUGAAAACUUUGAGAUGCCAAUUUUCCCUUCAAUUUGCAUCGCUCUUGGAGCUGUUAUUUUAUCGAAUACAUCUGAAGCACUGGCCAAAUACGAAAAAGAGAUUGCUCUUAUACCUCUAAGUGUCGAAGAAAUGGCGAAAGGAGUUGAUAAACUAGAUUCAGGCGCAAUCCAAAAUCUAAGAGAUAUGUUUACUAGUUUGUUCAAACUUUUCUCGGCAAUCGCUUUAAUGUACAUACAAAAUGAUGGAUCAAGGUUUUUAAAUGCAAUGAAAACAGCAUUGUUCAAACCAUUCCAAAUAAUUGAGCCUUACUACAUUGACGAAAAUUAUGCAGAUGCCGCUUAUAGCUUCAUGAAAACAAUCAUGGAUAAUUCGAAUUUUGAACAAAGAAAGCCAAUUCAGCCAAAUUUGGCAAAUCCCAAACUUCAAGUUGUUUUGACAUGGAUUACCAAACAUUGUCAGAACAGAAAUCAAUUCGCUGAAGAUGCCAAACGUAUGAGCUCAUCGCUCCUCAGGAUUUAA